CCAACGCAGUCAAAGCGCAGGCGCAAGAGUACGUGGAGAAGAAGCAGGCCAAGAAGAUCAUGCUUAGGUCAAUCACUGGGUCUCUAGCCACAGCUCAGGCCCUGGUCAGGAUUCCAGAUGUCAAAUACUUCAACACCGCCAAACCGGGCACAUUUUUUGCUAGAGAUAACGUUAGCAAUUUCAUUAAUUGGUGCCGAUACUCCUUGGAGAUCAUCGAAUGUCUUCUGUUCGAGACCGACGACUUGAUUAUGAGAAAGAACGAGAAACACGUCGUCCUCUGCCUGUUGGAGGUGGCCAGGAGGGGGGCAAAGUUCGGCAUGCUGGCUCCUAUGCUGGUACAGAUGGAGAGACAGAUAGACAGGGAAAUAGCGGCUGAUCAGAAGAAACUGGGCGUAAAUGACGGACUAGAGAACCAGAACGGCCUAGACGAUGACAGUGACAGCGAUAUUGAAGACGAAGAAACGGUGCUCAUGUACGGGCCCGUACCUCAGAUCGUCACCAACGACCUAAAGAGCUUGGACGAAAUGGUAAGUGAUUUUCCGAUUUAA